AUGCAACAGAACCAGCCAAAACCUCACCCUAUUCCACAGGAUCAACCUUUGGCACUUCUGCCUGAGCCACCAGCAGUGUUGCCUUAUAGACCCAGAAGGAUGGAUCCCAAUCCAUUCCCUCCACCUGCAAGAGGCAGAAGAGGAGGAAGGGGUAAUAACCUUUUCGCCAACAAUGACAGGAACAGGCUGGGGGCAAACUGGAGGAACAAUCCAGAUUUGGAAGAACAGGAAGAACAUAGGGAGGAAGUUCUGCCCAUGCCAUACAGAGCGGAGCCCAGGAUUGAUCACGCCCAGCCAGAACAAGGGCGAAAUCACCACCCUGUCAAUGCUCUGAAUGACGUAGGGGCAUUACAAUGGAUGAUCAGAGAGAUGAUGGAGCCUGAAGCCAGAAGAGGAGAAAGGUCGACCUAUAGGAAGCCAUAUCCGGCUUAUAUCGAUCAAAUAUCUCUAUCCCCGGAUUUUAAGGUGCCAAACUUGACCUUAUUCAACGGAGAGGAUCCCCAUGCUUCAUCAGUUGAGCAUAUAGGCAGGUUCUAUGUCCAGUGCAUAGCCAUAGAGAACAAUCCUCUUUUGAAGUUGAGGCUUUUCGGGAAUUCUCUCUCUGGACAAGCUUUUACUUGGUACACCAACCUGCCAGCUAAUUCUGUUCAAACCUGGGAGCAGAUGGAAAGUGUUUUCCACGACUAUUAUUACAGGAUUCAGCCAGAAGUCACAAUCAGUGACCUUGCUGCCCUCAAACAGACUGAAGAUGAACCUGCUCAAGACUUCACAACCAGGUUCAUGAAGCUCAAAAUGAAGUGUCGAAUCCCUAAGAAAAAAUUUUGA